AUGAAUUUCCUAUCGGCAGUUCGCAGUCUGACCAGUUCAGCGCAUCAGAGCCUUCUCCACGUCGCUGGCCAUCCCAGCGGCGACUCCGAGCCGCCGCCAGACUGGCCCUUCUCGAGCAAACAACACUCCCUGCACGACGACGCGCCUCCGCAGCUGGUUCCGUAUUCGCUGGGGCAGGAACGGCAGCGACGCCGAGGCUCUCCGGAGAAAGAUGGAGCAUCCAAAGCGUUUGCAGCCUCAGCGGCGUCGCGCCAAAACGCCGCUGGAGCGACCCCCGCGUCUCGAGAGGCCUUCCCUGGAACGCGGGCGGCUCGGGGGAGUGAAGGUCCAGAGGGUGAGAGCCUUCCGCGAAAGCCUGUCCCAGCUCCCCACGGGAGUUUGCGGGAAGGAGGCGACGGAACGGAGGCCAGCACCGCGUGUUUUUCGCAGCGAACCGGCAGCGUCUGUAGCAGCCCGGCGACGAGCGUGGACAGUGCGUCGGCGUCCACUCCGAGUUCUUCACUUCUCUUCGACGCGGGUCGAAGCAGCGGGAUCUUCGGGUCCGCUGUGGCCAAUAUCGCGGCUGCAGCGGCGCACUCGCUUCUUGAAUCCAUUGAACAGUCCUCGCAACAGCUCUUCAGACCCCCAGGCAUGUAUAAGGUCUCUCGGAACAUAUGGAUCAUCGACUACCCAGAUCCUGGAGCGCCGAAUACGGGGUUUCUCGUUGCAUACCUUGAGCGGCACCACGCCAACAAAUAUUUGAUCUUGAACAUGUCUGAGCGGCAGUACCAGCACGUCUCGUGCCCGGCUUCGAAGCCAGCACGCCCCAGCGCUUCUCCGGAAGAGAGAGACGCCCUGGAGCCGCCAGCCGCGCCGUUGUUCCCAAGUGGAGCGGUGCUCGAUGUCGCCUACCGGGGCCUGCCGUAUCCGCCGUUGUCGUUAACGUUGUCUUUGCUCCUCAGCGUGCACAGGUGGAUCGAGUCCGACGUAGAAAAUGUGCUGCUCGUCCACUGCCUCGAAGGGUUCUCCCGGUCCAUCACUUUCGUGGCGGCCUAUCUUCACUGGACGGGAGCGGCCCCGACUCUGCAGGUUGCUGUGCGUUCCCUGGAGGACGUCUGCGGCGUGGACGCCACGCACCCCUUGGUCUUGCUGCCUAGUCAGAAGCGCUUCCUUCGAUUCUUCCAGCAUGUCUGCGUUAGGCAGACGAUCGCGCCGUCUUUGGAGACGAAGAAACUGCGCAGGAUCAUUCUGAACGGCGUCCCGGCCUUUCUCGAGGCCAAUGUUCCUGGCGCGUCGCCCGUCCACGGAGAAUCCGAGAGGGAACCCGUCGCGGGACAAGAGGUCGCGUUGUUCAGGCCUGUGAUUGAAGUGUGGUACCAAGGCAAGCUGGUAUUCUCCUCCCUGGAUGCCUACGCGACCGCGAACGACCUCGGCGCCAAACAGCCGUUCGCUGCCGCCGAGGCUGUCUCCGACCUUGCGAGUUCGGCUGACGAGAGGUGCGUUCCGGCGGACGUCACGGACCGUCUGCCGGUGUACACAGAAUCCGACGGCAGCAUCCGGUUUGAGAUUCCUGGACUCCCGCUGUCGGGCGACGUUCUCCUGAAGCUUCUCCAUGUGUCUGUACAGCGCGGGUGUUCUGGGGACGCGUUCCUGGCGGAGCGGGAAGCUGCGGGCAGUCAAGAGAGCCGAGGAUCGAAGGAGCAAACGGAGUCGAAGCUCCACGCCGUGGGGCGGAAGAUUUGUACUGCGCGGAUCGCGUUCCACACGAGCAUGACAAGAGAAGGAGGAUGCUUGGAAUUCCGGAAGGCAGGAAUGGACGGCGCUGUGGUGCUCCCCGCUUUCCCAGACGACUGCUUCAUGUCCGUUUUCUUCGAAGAGCUGGGACCGGAGGAGCGAGAGAGUCCUGAGGAGACGGAACGGCAAAGGGAAGAAAUGCGCCUCAUUGUGGAGGCACAGAAAGAGGGCGCUGCGGUUCGAGCCGGACGCUCCCAGAAGCCCGAAGGAAAACGCACUGAGGGGACAGAACGCCGCCCGUGUGAGGAGGAACAGCGCAGAAUCCAAAAGAGGCUCGAACUGCGACAGCAGGUCCAAGAGUACAAGGCGCUGGCCGAACAGUGGCGUCGCGCGGCUUCAGGGCGUCGCUCGUCCCCAGACGAACGGCGUGCAGCGACUCCACCCCGAACGGAGGUCCAGGACGCGUCAAUCCCGCCUGGGCCGGGUGUGAGGGAUGAGAGUUUGCGCGCCGGCGACGCGAGGGACUUCCAGGUUUUCGAGGCGCGACUGACAGAUGGGGAAAGCAACGGCGAAGACGAUCGAGAACCAGGCGCGGGGCUCGACUUCUUCCAUGAUUCGUUGAAUGCAGCGGCGCCCAGAGGAAGGUCCGCCGACGAGCAGCCGAGUGGGGUGGGAAUGGCGAUGUCUCAGCUGUUCUUCAGCCACCUUUCUGGGGCGAAUCUGCCGGACGUGGCUUCGCGGUCUGUGUCGGCCAGAGCACGGGGCGAGACAGUUCCCGCGAUGCACCCUUAUGCGCAGCUCGAAGGGGCCGAGCUCGGGACUGGGGACGACCUCGAGAGCGAAAGCGAUGUGAGCUGGGGAAACGACGACGAACAGGCAAGUGAUGUUGGGCGUGAACCUGCGCCGAGGCCAGGCGAGGGACAAGCAGCAGUGGAGACUCCUCUCGAAUCCGCGCGUGCGGCCCCCGCUGUUCCCACCCCUUCCGAAGCACGUCCGCGCGAUGGAGGCACGGAAGAAACGGGCAUUUCGACACAUCGGGGCGUUUUCCAGUCUUCGGAAGACAACAUUCUCCGCGACCAGCCAGGCGGCGACAGCAUUGCGGCCCCGUGCCGUCCUGGAGUCGCUGGCGAAGAACGCGAAGACGCGCAAGGCCAGGAGGGCCCUCGGUCGUCGCUCCACUCGUCGAAACUUCCCGAUGCGUCUCUUGUCCCCGGAAUGAAGGGUGAAAAAGGAGCGGCAGACGGGCCAUCUGUUGCGGUCAACGCGCGACCGGCCCAGGAGGCCUGUGCGACCGUCUCAACUGGAAACGGUAGCUUCUUCAAUCUGCCGGCUUUGUCGAGCCCAAACGGAUCAGGCGCCGUCGCCGGCGAGGGACAUGAACUCAAGGGUCACCUGUCAGCGUUCCUUGAUAAGAACACGGCUCUCACGGGGUUGGUCAGCACCGCGUCUAGCACUUGCAUCUAUGAAGCCACCGAAGGCGGAUUCAUAUUUGAUGAGGGACAGCGAGGAUACGAUUUCAGUAGCACUAAGUAUACGCUAUCUGCUCCUGCUGUCAUGACCGGUAAUGCUCCCACGUCAAUGGCGACAGGCAACAAACUCAAAAACUUCGUUACACUUUCAGGCGAAGUUGGACUGGGAACUGCGCUAUGA